AUGGAUGCGCGGCUGUCGGCUCCCCUCUGCUGGCGGCUACCCGGGCACGGAGCGGAGCGGCCACAGCCACCCCUCCCCGGGCCCUCACCUGCCAGCUGGAACUCAGCGAGGGCCCAAACCGCCCCAAUAAUCACAAAAGGAUGCUUUUCCAGGCAGGUGCAUGGGGAAGCUGUCGGCUCCCCUCUGCUGGCGGGUACCCGGGCACGGAGCGGAGCGGCCACAGCCACCCCUCCCCGGGCCCUCACCUGCCAGCUGGAACUCAGCGAGGGCCCAAACCGCCCCGAUAAUCACAAAAGGAUGCUUUUCCAGGCAGUCUCAAAAAUGGACAGUUUGGGAAGGGGUUCUGGAUUCAGGAGAAAUAUCUUGGUUAGGUCGUGACAAACAGCAAUCACACCUCUGGGACAAYGAGCCCCAGCUCCUGUGUCCAGCAGCACCCAACCAAGCUGACCUGUCACUGCACAAGUGGCUGCUUGGGCCUGGGCAGACCAGCACCAGCCAGACCAGGUCCAACAGGAYAAGAUCUAGUCUGUGGAGGCUCAACAGAGAGGAAGGAAAAUCUGGCACCAGAACUGGAGCUUCCUAAAGGACCAUGACUAAAUGGGUAAGAGAAAGGAGCAGAAGCCACUGCCAAACUACAUGUCUGUGUUCUCAAGCAAAGUUCCUAACUCAACCAACCAAAAUAUUGUCAGUCAAAUAAAUACUGAGCUUGGCAGGGCAGGGUAAAUACGAAAUUACUUCUUCAGCAAUGGAGCACAAAAGAAACUUCAGGGUGAGCUCCAGCUUUCUAAGUGCUUCAGUGUAACAGCAACAAAGCAAGUCCUUUCAUGGGUAAAAAUGGAUGUUGUCCAACAAUGCCAUAAUAAAUGA